AAUUCGCGCACACUCGUCGUCCCUCUCUUAUUUUAGGGUUUUACACAAGUGAAAACUCUGAAACCCUAAAUAAACUAAAAGGGGCGCAAUGGGAGGGAAGUGUCCACAUAGAAAGGUAAAGAAGCGCAGAUACUCACACAAGCAAUUCCGUCGCGAAAAAUUCGAACUUAAAGGCGACGACGCCGUUUAUGACGAGCUUAAAAAGUCCGACCCGGAUGCAGCCAAGCCGUUGCCUCUUGACGAGGACCUUCCUGGAAUGGGUCAAUACUACUGCCUUCACUGCGACCGAUAUUUUGCUAAUGUGACGGUACGAGAUGAACAUUUCAAGACCAAGAAGCAUAGGAAGCGCUUGAAGAUAAUGGCUGGACCUGCACCACACACUCAGCUAGAUGCUGACCUAGCUGCUGGCAUGGGAAUGCCAGAUAAUGGGCCGAAGCUUAUGUCAAUGUGAGCUUCCCGAUUAUUUAGUGGUUGUGGAUUUUGUUACCGAGCUGCAGAAUCCCAUAGAUACUUGAACUGAUGUGUUUAGUAUGUUUGUAAGAAUUUAAAUAUUAGUGGAAACAAAUGUUGAUCUUUAAAUCUCGUGUUCUGUUGAGUUUAUUUUUGCUGUAUGCUGAUAGUAGAUUUUAAUUUAUUUUUUUUUUGUAUUA